UCCAUUGCACAAUAAUCUAUUGAUACGAAGUGAUUAUUCAUAAGGAAAUUAUUUUUUAAUUUGGCUCAUUCCAUUAGUAUUAUUCCAAUUACAGUUCCGUUUUUGACCAUUGAAAUCAGGUUAGCCUUAUUAAUCAUAUAUUUAUGGUUCAAACGUGAUUUAAUAUUGUUAUAAUUCCCUGCUGAAUGAGUCAGAGGUGUAUAAUUCUAGAUCUAGAUAAACUCUUGGAUAAUCAAAAUUUCGGAGUUGAAAUGCUACUAUCCUGAAGGAUAAAGUCGUAACUAUAGAAUCUGCAGAAAUCAUUGGCAAUUAUUGCCUGAGGCUUUGAUUAAUCGAUUAUAUCGAGUUCGGCAUAUACCAUUUUUGCAUAUCGCGUAAGUUCUCGUUAAUUAUGGGAUCUUCAAAAGGAGACGACUGGACUUAUACUAGGAAGAGGACGGAGGAAACGAAAUACAAGUGGACGAUAAAGGAUUUUUCAACCAUCCCCCAAAAAUGUGGAGAUAAAAUUCAAUCACCUUCAUUCUUCACCGAAGACGGAGAACGAGAGUGGAAACUCGCGUUCUACCCUAGUGGUUGCAAUUUACUUCAUCCGGAUAGUGUAGGUCUUUUCGUGACUCCACUAAUGCCGGAAGAUGUGAAAUUUAAAAUUGAGUUGACAUUAGCUAUUUUCACGCCAGAGGAAAUGAUUAGAUCACGCAACUGUUUCAUUCAAUGGAAAAAAGACAUGCCGGACUGGGGCUAUCAAUGCUUCAUAAAGAGAUCAGAAUUGUUGUCAUUAAAAAAUUCCAAUGAUAGUAUCAUUAUCCAUUGCGAUAUGAGAAUAUACGACACUGCCGUCGUAUCAGCAUUUGACAACAUUUCUAGUGAUCUAAGUAAAUCACUUAAGUCGCAAAAGCGUUCAUUGAUCAAUGAUUUUCGUUCUCUUUUUACCGAUCCACAGUUCAGCGAUUUUCGCAUCAUAGUGGGGAAUGAAAUAUUUCAUGUGCAUAAGAAUAUUCUAGCAGCUCGGAGUUCCACUUUUGCAGUUAUGUUUAAACACGAGGAAAUGGAAGAAAAUCGUAAAAACGAGGUGAAGAUUGAAAAUAUGGAUUCGGAGCUGGUGAAAGGGAUGUUGGAGUAUAUUUAUACCAGUGAAGUACAAGAUCUUGAAAGGCUAGCCUGUGGACUAUUGGGGGCGGCAGAGCAAUACGACUUGGGUGGAUUAAAGAAUAUGUGCAUGGAUACUAUGUACAAUCUUCUCACUGCUGAGAAUGCCGCCGAUAUUUUGGUGCACGCCGAUCUUUACCGUAUUAGCCGAUUGAAAGAAGAUACUAUUAACUUCAUAAAAGAACAUCUCACUGAGGUGCAGUCCACGGAAAGCUUCCGAAAAAUUUCGAAUGCUGGUCUGUUAAUGGAAUUACUUCUCGCAAUCGGCAAACAAGAUGGCAAGACUAAUAAAACUGACGAAAAAAAUACUUGAAUUCGUUCUAUUACCUAUGGACUUUUGAUAUCUGUGUAUUAUUAUUUUUACUAUCAUUGCAAUUCCAAUAUUUUUACGAAAGCAAUGAAAUUUUGAUAUC